AUGGCUGAACUUGACCCGGAGAUCGACUGGCACCUGGAGAGGAGAGCAGCCUUGGCAUCGCUGGAGGCGGUCCCUUCCUUGGGCGACGAGGAGGUCAGACAGCGAUGGCAGCAGCACAUAGAGGGCUCCUGGGAUCCGGAGCGCGCGGCGAAGCGGAUCCAUUGGCUCAUCAGUCGGUUACAGAUGCAGGGCUUCAACCAACCGGAGGAGCCGAACGCUUUUGGGUCGAAGAUCCCGGAGGCGCCACUGGCUCCACCUGUACAGAUGGCUGAGCUCUUGGAAAUGGCCAAGAAGGACCAAGCCCAUCAAGUGGAGGUCCAAGAGGAGGUUGAGCCGGAGAUGGAGCCCACGAGCGAUGAGCGGGAGGAGAAGCAGGCCUUUGAUUUCGACGGCUGGACCCAGGAGAGCCACUACGAGCGGCGCCGGCGCGAGCGACGGAAGAGACGGCACGGCCGAGGCGACGAACGGGACGAGAAGCCGCACGACUCCGUCGCGGCUGAUGAAUUCUUGGGUGGUCUCCUACACGACCGCAGCAAGCUGGGCUUGUUCUUCGGUUGGCUGGUGGGCCGCAUCGUGGUUUUUUUGCUGGCCUUGAUCUCAACGAGGUUAGGCACGCCGAUCCCCAUGGACUCCGAGAUCAUGCAGUUGUUGGGAGCGCCGGUGCAUUGGCUGUUGGCCUGCGUGGCGGCUGCCUGGCUUGGCAGCCUGGCCGUCACGCGCUUCGAGAGUCAUUCCACCUGGAAGAUCGGUUGCUUGGCCGCUUGUGUCUUCACCCUGGUCGUUUGA